UCAGUCAGAAUAUUUUCAUUCAAUUCAAUCGCGGUAAGUCAAUAAAUUCGAUUGGCCUUGAUUCGUGCUCUUUGGUGAAUAACAAUCAUUAAUUUCAUUUGAAGAUGGCUGGAGCUGGCAUUCCAUUAGAGUCUUUGGACAAAGAUCAACUGAAAACUUUUUCUGAUUUUCUUCAGUCGUACAAUAAAUUGUCCGAGAUUUGCUUCAUGGAUUGUGUCAGUGACUUCACAUCCAGAGAUGUCAAGAAGGCUGAGGACCUGUGUGCACUGAAUUGUAUGGAAAAAUACUUGAAGAUGAACCAACGGAUAUCUCAACGGUUCCAGGAAUUCCAAAUUUUGGCCAAUGAAAAUGCCAUGGCAAUGGCACAGAAAUCUGGAAAAUAAUGACAAAAUUCACCCGAAUACAAAAUCAUUUGUAGAAUGUUAUUUAGACAUAAUAAACAGCGUUUUUAUUUUAAGUGCAAACAAAUUAUGAUUAUCACAAUAGCUUAGAUUCGCAUAGUUUUGUUCACUAUUGCUUUCCGAAUAAAACGAUAAUAAAUGAA